CCCACCAAUUCCCCAAUGCUAUACCCUCAAGAUUGUCAAACUCUUUCUCUCACCCUCCAUCUCGUCCUUGUCCUUCACAAUCACAACCACCGCCACCACCACCUAUGAGGGAGUGGCCGAGUGAGAGAUUUGCCGGCGGGUGACAGAGAGUUCCGACCGAUAUAGAGAGUUCCGGUGGUGUUUCGCGGUAACACGGCGGUGUUUGACGACGGCGGUGACAGAGCUUCUUUCUCCUUCUUUCCUCUGGUUCGAUAUUUCUUUCUAUACAUUUAUUUUCUUUUUUUUUUCUGUUGCUUUUUUUUUUUGUUGGUUAGGAUGAUUGAAGAUUGGAGGUGGUGGUGAAAUGUGGUGGUUUAUGGUGGAUGGCUCUAUGAAAGAGGCAACUCAGUUUCAAUUUUUGGGUUCUCAAUUUUAGAAUACCACAAGCUGUUAGGAAUUUGGGUUUGUCAAUAUGAAGCCAACUUUGGGUCAAGCUCAAAGUAAUUGGGAAGCUGAUAAAAUGCUUGAUGUUUAUAUUCAUGAUUAUUUUCUGAAAAGAAAGUUGAACGCCAGUAGGUAAGAAAAAGAAACAAAAGUUUCGACGGAUCCAGUAGCAAUUGAUGCACCUGGAGGAUUUCUUUUCGAGUGGUGGUCUGUCUUUUGGGAUAUAUUCAUCUCGAGAACAAAUGAGAAACAUUCUGAGGCUGCUACCGCUUACAUUGAGACCCAGCAAACGAAGGAAAGAGAACAACUUCAAAUGCAGCAAAUGCAACUAAUGCAGCAACGCAAUGUCCAGUUACAGAGAAGAGAUCCUAAUCAUCCUGCACUGAGUGGACUGGGUGGUUCCUUAAAUGCCAUUAACUCUGAAGGUAUGUUGGGGCAGCCACCAGCAAGUGUGUUGGCUAUGAAAAUGUAUGAAGAGCGAAUGAAACACCCUCAUUCAAUGGAUUCAGAAGCAUCUCCAAAUCUUAUCGAUGCGAAUAGGAUGGCUCUUCUCAAAUCAGCAACAAGUCAUCAAGGUCAGCUGGUUCAUGGUAAUUCAGGGAAUAUGUCCAAUGCAUUGCAGCAACUGCAAGCACGGUCUACUUUAACCAAUGACAUCAAAGGAGAUGUUAACAUUGGCGCUGGUCCAAAGAAUUUGCCUUUGGAUACAUCAGUUUAUCGACAAGCAAUUUUACAAUCAAAAUCUGGGUUAGGAAGUGCAGGAUUAAAUCAAGGAGUUACAAGUCUUCCGUUGAAGGGAUGGCCUCUAACUGGAAUUGAUCAAUUAAGACCCGGUUUGGGUGUACAAGUUCAGAAGCCUAAUUUAACACCACAAAACCAAUAUCUGUUAGCAUCACAACAACAGGUCUUGGCGCAGGCUCAGGCACAAAACAGCCUUGGAAAUUCUAAUUAUGGUGAUAUGGAUCCGCGUAGACUUUCUGGUCUUCCCCGAGGUAGCUUAAAUGUGAAGGAUGGUCAAUCUAAAAGGAACUAUGGAACCAUUUCCUCCCAAAUGCAAUCAGGUUCACCUAAGAUGAGGAUGACCCAGUCACAACAAUCGUUAUCUCAGCAGCAAGAGCAAUUGCAGCAGAAUCAACUUCAGCAGGCAAGAGGCAGGCUGAGGAAGAAGUACAGGCAGUGAGUGCAAAAAAGCAAAAGCUAGAAGAGGUUCAUCAAAAGAAGGAAGCUCAGUUGAAGAAAUUUAAGAAUGAUGAAAGUAGUUAUGAGGAAGAGGUACUAUUAUAUGCUUUAACCGUGUUUCUUGUGAUGUAUUCAAGAGAAUGCAGACAGAAUGAUUAGAAGUUCAACAAAAGAAAUCAAAAUAGAAUAAGCUUGCUUAUGAGGAAGAUCCAACGGGAAUUUUAGAUUGUAGGAUAUGAUAGAAGAUUAUCAAUUUGGUUUGGGGCCUUAGAUCUAUAUGCGACAUGAUUGCCUAAAGAGGGACUUGGAGCUUGAAGUUAUCAACCAAAUUAAUGGAAAAAAGGAGCUGUGAUUAUUUUUGAAUUAUUGUUUAGAGGAAGAGAGAAAUAAUGUACUCUUGCAUCCUUAUUGUGCAUUGAAACUUUUUUUUUUCCCUUCAUAUUGUAAUGAUAAUGAUAAUUUAUGUGGUUGUUUUUGUAAAUUGAAUUUGGAUAUAAUGAGAUUGACCUAGAAAAGUCUCCUAUAUUGAAGAAUACAGGAAGGAUGAAUUCUAUUUUGG